AUGGCGCCGUUCCAGAUGCGGUUCGGGCUCGGGAUCUCCCCGUCGCGCACCUACGACGAGGAGGAGGAGGAGGAAGACGACGAGGAAGAGGAAGAGUUCGAGGAGGACGGGUUCGAAGAGGAGGCGGAGAGCGACGGGACGGCCUCGCCGCCGUCGACGAUGAUGCAAGCCGGGAGGGGAGGCGGGCUGGUGGGCGCGGUGGUCGGCGCGCUGCGGCGGUCGCUGGUCAUGUGCAGCGCCGGCGCGAUGGGGGAGGACGACGACAGCGACAGCGACGGCGACGAGGAGGGGAUGGAGAUUGGGCGGCCCAUGGACGUGCGGCACGUCGCGCACGUCACCUUCGACCGCUUCGGCGGCUUCCUCGGUCUCCCCGCCGACCUCGAGCCCGACGUGCCCCGACCCACGCCCGGCGUCAGUGCAAGUGUAUUUGGCGUUUCACCAACCUCUUUGCAAUGUUCAUAUGAUCAAAGAGGAAAUAGUGUGCCCACAAUACUCUUGAUGAUGCAGAGGAAGUUGUAUCUACGAGAAGGACUUAAGAUUGAAGGGAUCUUCAGAAUUAACGCAGAGAAUGGUCAAGAAAUCUGUGUCAGGGACCAAUUAAACAGUGGCGUGGUUCCGGAUGAAGUUGACUUGCACUGCCUGGCUGGGUUGAUAAAGGCAUGGUUUCGGGAACUUCCAACAGGAGUAUUGGACACGCUGACUCCAGAGCAAGUAAUGCACUGCAACACAGAAGAGGAGUGCGCUCUCCUUGCUUCUAUGCUACCACCAGUUGAAGCAGCAUUACUUAACUGGGCUAUUAAUCUAAUGGCCGAUGUUGUGGAGCUUGAAAACUACAACAAGAUGAAUGCGCGAAACAUCGCUAUGGUUUUUGCGCCAAACAUGACUCAGAUGGCCGAUCCAUUAACUGCCCUGAUGCAUGCAGUUCAGGUGAUGAAUUUCCUCAGGACUUUGAUCGUAAGGACCGUAAGGGAAAGGGAGGAGUUAGCUACAGCAUCCAUGACAUUGCAGUCAUGCUCUGAUUCCCCAAAUGACCAAGACGAACCUCAGAUGCCGGAGCAUUUGGAGAAACCGUUCACUUGUUCAAUUCAGGAGAGGGUCGAUCACCCGAUGAUUGAUAAGGCUAUUUCUGAACAGCUCCUAUCUGAAGCUCAACAAGUCCUCCAUAAUUCCAAAAAUGAUUUCGAAGAACAAGAGAAGAAGUGUGAUAUGGACCACAAUAAGUGCCACAGUGGAGUUCCUCCACGUCACAAUGAUCCGAAUAGCGGAGUGACCAGUUCCGGAAGAGAAUUUGGCAAUAGGAACGUGGAAGGCUUGUUCGACAGAUUUAGUUUCAGGAAAGGUGUGGAGAGGCUGUGCAGGCACCCUGUGUUUCAGUUGAGUAGGUCCAUGAGGAAGGCCCCAGACGUGGCUGUGUUUGAUGCUCCCAGAGAAGCAAGACAAGCUUGGGUAUGA